CUGGAUCAAGAAAAUACAUUUAUAUUUGUAUGUUUUGUCACGAUUCAUAUUUGUUUUCAGUUAAGGUACAAGGGUCGAUUGGACAGCAUAUUCGAUGGGCAGGAUCGGCAGUCAAAGCGCGUCAAUAGCGAGAGCUAUAGAAAAAAACUUAUUAGAUACAUACGGUCGAGAAAUGCGGCCAAAGUCGAGGAUAUCUGUAAUCAGGGUCUUGACCCCAAUUUUAUUGAUCAGCGAUUUGGAGAAACUCCUUUGACGAUCGCCGCAUCGAUGUGCGACAACCGCGACGUUCUGAUGUCCCUGGCUAACGCUGGCGCUCAUUUGGACUUCAGAAACCUAACCGGUCAAACGGCUUUGCACAAAGCAGCGGUGCUCGCCUCCUCGAACAACGUCCGGACGUUGCUCGAACUGCGCUCAUCUCCGUACUACAAGGAUAGGGUCGGUCUAACCCCGCUCUCGUCGGACAUCGCGGAACUGCUGUUGCGAGACUAUUCAGAAAUCGGCAUCACAGAUGUGAACGGCAACCAGGAAAUACAUACGGCUUGUCGAAACGGCUUGGCGGCUCAUCUGGAACACUUGCUGUUCUACAGGGCAGAUCCAAACUGCCGCAACUUCAAUGGCAACACCCCUCUGCACGUGUGCGCUUCCAGAAAUCAGGUAUCUUGCGCCCGAGUGUUGUUGUUCCGAGGUUCUGAUCCGAAUAUCAUGAACAACCAACAACAGACGGCUUACCACUUGGCAUUGCUUGCUAGUAGUCCGGAAAUAGCGAACCUGUUAAAGAACUACGACUCAGCAAAAACAGUUCCGUACCGCGGAGCACCCCUGUACAACAGCAAACGCAAGUGGCGGAGGGUCAGGACGAUGGCAAAGCCGCCAAUGUCAUCGGUGUCCGAAUACGCCUACGAGACGUCGUUGCAGUCGCCGUAUUCCUCUCCAUACCAGGCUCGUCGCGAGACUCCGACACCUUUUUGUCUUUCAUUAAUAUAUUUUUUAUAUAGGACUAACCACACCCACACUGUAGUUGUACCGAGAGGACCCAAUGGCUUUGGAUUUUUGCUGGCCGGUGCCCAAAAAUUGGAUGCCACGGUUCAGUUUGAACCGAAUCAAAAAAUGCCGUCGCUGCAGUACUUCAAAUCCGUGGCUGCAAACGGAAACGCGCUCAAAGCCGGCGUGAAAUCCGGUGAUUUCCUUGUUGAACUGAACGGUAUUGACGUUCGUUGUGUCUCUCACGACGAGGUAGUGAAGCUGAUCGAAGCGGCCGGCUCCAGUUUAGUUAUGAAAGUGGUCACCGUUGAUAGUCAGCCUGCAGAAACGCCUCACCUGAGCUAUCGGCAAACUAAAACUGUCGGGAGAUUAGAAUAUAACGAACGUGAGAACGGGAUCGAGAGGAUAGGCAACGAAAACAAAUAG